AAAAUUUAUAGGUUAUGUUUUAGUAAACAAACAAAAAAAAUCUGCUUUAUUUAUUUUUUAGCUUUUAUAAGUUUUAAAUACAAUGGCUAGUGAUGAACACAAGUCUUUGGCUCAGUUCGUCAAAGACGUACAUUCAUCGUUACGACAAUCUUCAAGUAAAAUAGGCGCAAAACGGGCAUGGAGUGAACAUUGUGAGCAGAAGGAUGUUCUUGAGAAGUAUGCUCGGUGUAUGGAGAAACUGGCCACGGAACAUUGGGAUGUCAACUCUUCUAAAAGCGAUAGUACUGCUGUCUCCAGAAUCAAGUGGACUACAGACGAAUGUCAGGACUAUUUCAUAAAUAAAGGAUACCAGUCUUGCCAUGAAAAGGAGACAGUAAUAGCCGAAAAAAUCAAUGUAAAAUUCGAUCAGAAAGAGUUAUUUGACAUUCCCAUCAGGCUGCUUGACGUUGGAAGCUGUUAUAACCCUUUCAAAGAUUAUAAUUUUAUAGAUGUUCUGGCUAUUGAUUUGUGCCCAGCCAAUAGUUCUGUAAUGCAAUGUGACUUCUUGAAUGUUAAUAUUGGUAAAGAAUUAUCAAGAUGUGAGAAUAAAGUAGUAGAAUUACAAGAGAAUUCAUAUGAGGUUGUAACAUUUUGCUUUGUCUUAGAAUACAUUCCAACACCGGAGCUCAGAAUAUCUGCCUGUGAAAAAGCUUACCGUCUAUUGAAACCCGGGGGGUUGCUUAUAAUUAAUACACCAGAUUCUAAGCAUGUUGGUGCUAAUUGUAAAAUCAUGAAAUGCUGGAGGUAUGCUUUGGCUCUAAUGGGUUUCUCCAGGAUAAAAUAUGAGAAGUUUGCUCACAUGCAUUGUAUGACGUUCAGAAAGUCUCUUGUGAAAGAUACUGCAGUCAGGUGGGCAACUCUGCACAAACAGGAAUAUAUGGAGUACAGUUUACAUAUACCACAAGAUAAAGAUUUCAACUCUUCAAAACAAAAAACUGAAGAUGUAAAAACAGAUAAGCCAAGUUGAUAUUAAAAUAAAUACUUGAUAUUUUUAA